AUGGAUCGAAAUUAUAAUCUCACAAAAACUAAUGAUUAUGGGAUUCGAAAUCGAAGCAACGUUUCUACAGGUGAUCGACCAAAAAAAGAAGCAAUUCUAGAUUUAGCAAAGUAUAAGGAUCAAAAAGUAAGAGUAAAAUUCGCAGGAGGAAGAGAGAUAGUAGGAAUUUUAAAAGGCUAUGAUUUAUUAAUGAAUUUGGUAUUGGAUGAAGUAAUUGAAAACUUAAGAGAUGAAGAUGGAAACAUUACAGAUCAAAAACGACAACUUGGACUUGUCGUUAUUCGUGGAACUACUUUAAUACUUUUUUCACCUAUAGAUGGAAGUGAAGAAAUUAAAAACCCAUUCUUAGAACAAAUUAAAAUAUAA